AAGACAGAGAAAGCAUUAAUAAUAAAAUCUUUUUAAGUUGAUUCCAAUAAAAGAUACCUUCUCUACCCCUUCAAAUUCACAUUAAUUCCUCUAACUUCAUUCAUCCUUGUCUUGAUAACCAUGGAAGAAAAAUAUAGUAUAGGUUUGUUAGGUAUAAUGGAUCAAUUAUGGUUUCAUCAAAUUAUUCUCUUUUCAAAACCCCCAUCAAUUUCAUUCCCUAAAAAUCUUGAAAAUCCCCUGCCUAUUCAAGACUCUCUGACAUCAGUUGAAUCAGAAAUCAUUCUUCUACAGGAUGUUUGUGAAAAAGAAGAAGACAAUGAGAAGGAAAGACCAACAAGAAACAUGUCUCAUUCAUUAUCACCUAAAAAAUAUUCAAGAAACAGAGUAUUGGAGAAAACACUGAGUAAUUACAAGAGUCUUGGAGAUCUCGAGCUUGAAGAAUUACGAGGUUUCAUGGAUUUAGGAUUCAUAUUCCGCAAAGAACAUAUAAGCAAGAGAAUGAUAAAUGUAAUUCCUGGAUUACAGAGGCUUGAAAUAGAGAUAUCCGAAGACGAAGAAAAAAAUUGUGAAAAUUCAAAUUCAAAAGCAAUUGUAGUAGAAGGAGAAGAAGAAGAUGAUAAAAGGGAAAUUGCACGACCUUAUUUGUCAGAGGCAUGGCUUAUUAAAAGGCCUAAUUCACCAUUGUUGAAUAUGAGGAUACCAAGAAUUUCUGCAGCUUCUGAUAUGAAGAAACAUUUGAGAUAUUGGGCUAAAACAGUUGCAACUGUGGUUAUGCAAGAAUCUUGAUUUUGUGUAUAGAGUAUCUGGGUUGAUUUCUCAGAUGAUCAUUCAAUUAACUGUUAUUAUCUCAUAAAGUUAUUUUCUAAAACUUAUAUUGUUUAAACAUAUUGCAUUCAUCAACCAAAUAUAAGAUAUGAU